GAGAGAGAGAGAGAAGGAGCUGUGCGCUCUGAUCCUGGCAGAGUGCAUCCCGCUCCACGCACGCACGCGCGCAGUUGCGCACAACUACUCACACCCAUCGGGGUCUCUCCACUUUUCAGACAGGGUACCGGUUCGCGCUUCUGUACACCGCACAUGACCGGUGUGGGGGACGCCAGCAGACAUUUCCUCCCCUUGCGCACCUCCGCCGCGCGUCACACAAACUCUCCUUCGCGUUGAGCGUGUCCUCCGCGGCUUCCUCCGCGGGUCAUUUUGGAUUACGGAGGAAAAAAUAAACAACCGGCGUGGGCGCCCAACUCGAGAAAUCAUGGAUUUUUGGAUAAAGUUGCUGUUGUUGUGCAGCUGCUGCUUUGGCGCAAGUGCCGACUUUGAUGGCAGGUGGCCGCGGCAGAUGGCCUCGUCCAACGGCCUGUGCCGAUACGGGGCCAGGGUGGACUGCUGCUGGGGAUGGACACGCCGGUCCUGGGGUCACUGCCAGCCUCUCUUCGCCUUAACUCACAGAGUAGCCGGGAUAAGGUGCCAGCCCCAAGCUGUGUGCCAGCCGGGCUGUAAGCACGGAGACUGCGUGGGACCCAACAAGUGCAAGUGCCACCCUGGCUUCACCGGCAAGACCUGCAAUCAAGACCUGAAUGAGUGCGGGCUGAAGCCGAGGCCGUGCAAACACAGGUGCAUGAACACAUACGGGAGUUACAAGUGCUACUGCCUCAACGGCUACAUGCUGAUGCCCGACGGGACCUGUGGAAAUGCUCGCACUUGUGGCAUGGCCAACUGCCAGUACGGCUGCGAGGUGCUGAAAGGAGAGGUCCGAUGUCAGUGUCCGUCGCCGGGGUUACAGCUCGCUCCGGACGGAAGAACCUGCGUCGAUGUGGAUGAGUGUGCAGCAGGGAUAGCGGUGUGUCCUCGGUUCAGGAAAUGCAUAAACACCUUUGGUAGCUACAUCUGCAAGUGCCACGAAGGCUUCGACCUGCAAUACGUCAACGGGAAAUACCAAUGCACAGAUGUGGAUGAGUGUUCUUCGGGUCAGGGCCACUGCAGCAGCUUUGCCUCCUGCUACAACACGCCUGGUUCAUACAAGUGCAAAUGCAACGAAGGCUACAGGGGGAUGGGCCACAAUUGCAAACCCAUUCCUAAGGUGGCCAUUGAGCCUGCGAGACCAGACAAAGGGCCUCCGAAUCACCACAACAGCAUCCCCGACGUGGAUCACAAACGAACCACCACCACUCUCCGCACGCCAGUGACUCCGAAGAGAAACGUGCCAAUCUUCCCCAAAUCGACCGCCGCCACGACGGCCGCGCCCGCGGCGUCAACCAAAGCGCGCCCGCCUCCAAAGUGGGUCACCCCGCCCCCACGCAGGACGGCAGUUCCCACCCAAAAGCCCCACGUCCCGACCAGGAAGCCAGCAGCACCUACGCACAAGCCCCGCGUCCCGCCGAGGCCGGCGGCGCCCACGCGGCGCCCGCCGCCACCGCCGCCGGUCACGCCCGUGGACAACACCAUCCAGAAGGAGGUUACCAAACAGAGAGGAGAUGUCCACAUCCCCCGGAACCACGGCCACAACACCGUCCUCGGGGUCGACUUCGACAUCGAGCUCGGCAACACGGCGGAUGAAGCCAAGGACGACCCAGAGUCGGGGUAUCUGAGCUGCUCCUUCGAUGACGGUCUUUGUGGUUGGAUCAGGGACAGGGAUGGAGACCUCCACUGGGAGACAACGCCUGACCCGUCAGGGGGAAGGUACCUCACCAUUCCCGAGACAGGCAACAAAAGGACCGGGCGAGGGGCCCGGCUGGUCCUCCCCCUCAACCCUCCCUGGAACGAUGGCAAUCUGUGCCUGUCGUUCCGGCACAAGAUGGCGGGCCACCACGUGGGAAUGCUGCAAGUGUUUGUGAAGAAGGGAAAGCAGUACAGCCCGGCGGUCUGGGGCCGGACCGGUGGAAACGGGUGGAGGCACACCCAAAUCACACUGUGGGGCACAGGCCUGGAAAGUGUGAUUCUCAAGGGGGAGCGAGGGCGGGGCCGCAUCGGGGAGAUGGCCGUGGACGACAUAACCCUGAGGAAAGGCUCCUGCACAGAAGAGCACAAUCUCAGAAGACUCUGACCGACGGAACAGAGAAAGGCCGAAAGAAAACAAGAAGGGAACCCAUCUUUAAGAGAACUGACUCUAUUGUGACCUCCCCUCACUCUGUCCGGCCUCUCGCUGACCCCCACUCCUCCUCACCCCUUUCAGCCAUUCUGUCAAUGAUAUCCAACAGGUUGUGUGUCUACAGAACAGCGAGUUUCUCCUUUUUUGACUGUCCAUGAAUCUAAAAAAAAAAAAAAACCCUCUAACUCCAUAACCCUUGUUACCAUAAAACCUGCAUGAUCCAACUUUCCAUGGAAUUGUCCUCCACCUAACCCGGGCCUGGCUGCCCUCCAGCUACUCCGACUCCUCCUGGUGAGAGGAUCGCCUCGGCCUCGCUUUGAUCCUCCAGCCACCAGCUUUUGCUUUUUAUUUGCUGGUAUACAUUUCUUAGAAAAAAGUAUGGAAAAAGACCAAUUGUUAAUGUCAGACUUUAUUUGUAGACCCAAAGUAAAACCUCCACCGGGGAGUCGAUGUAGCCCUGCCCCGUUUUGCAGCACAGCUUUGAAUGAAAGAAGUUAUUUGUCACAGUGUUUAAAAGAUCUGAGGGGUUUCAAAUUUAGCACCUUUUCUACCACGAUCUUUUAUUUAAGCCUCCUAAAGUCAUUUGAUUCUCUUUUGUUAUCUUUCAGAUAUUCAAAAUGUUUCAAAUAGAAUCUGUGUGUGAUUUCGCAAAUCAACACUUGUUUCUAUUAAACAGUAUGUGCUUCGUUAUAUUAAGUGCAGUUUGUUAUAAAAACAAUACCAAGACAUUUUUAGGCUUUCAAAAAUUGUAUUAUUGUAAAUGUAGUUGUGUGUACAUACUCUGAAAAAUCCACAAUCCCAUUUGUUGUGUGAUUUAUACGUUACGUGAAUUCAUACAUUGAUAUUAAUUGGACUUUAAAAUAGUUGGUAUAUCAAAUUUUACUGAAAGAACACGUAUACAGAUUGAAACCUUAUGUUGUGCAAGGCUGUGUAUAUCAGUAUCAAUGUGUUGAAAUGCUCUGUCUGUAACUGACAAAUCACAUAGUUGCAUAUCCUAUGCUGUGAUGAUGAAGGGCAUCGGCUGGAAUUUCAAGGUUUUCUGUAUGCAGGGGUUCAUCCACUAAAUUCAGAUGUAUCCACACCAGUAUGUAAAUAAAAUAAUUUGACUGAUA